AACACAUCAACAUAAACACAGCAACAGGCAUUCAACAGGAAACGCUCCGUAACAGCGAUCAACAUCAACGACUAAGGAGAAUCCCUGAGCUCUGUUUACUGUGUGAUUCUGUGUCUGUGUGUGCUAUCCGUGUGCUUUGAACUUGAAGGAAAGACAAGAGAACGAACGAGAUAUUGAACAAUGAGUAACCAAGGGUACUACGAAAUCUACAGAAGAAGCACGCUAGGCAUGUCCCUUACGGAGGCACUGGAUGCGCUGAUCUCAGACCAGCGCAUCCAACCACAGCUUGCGAUGAGGGUGCUUGCGAACUUUGACCGUGUUGUGUCGGACAACCUGAAGGAGAACGUCAAGUCCAAGCUCAGCUUCAAGGGCCAUCUCAGCACGUAUCGUUUCUGCGACGAUGUCUGGACGUUUGUCAUAAAGGACGUGAACGUCAAGCUCGACCAUAACGAGACGAUCACGGCUGACAAGAUUCGAAUCGUAGCUUGUAACUCGAAGAAGGCUGGCGAGACAUAGUGAACGUGCGAUCUUAUAGCUUUAACCCCCACCAAAUGAACAACAAGAUGGUUU